AUGUUUACACUUCCACCGUACCCACCCAAAGACUAUGUCCUCAAAGAAGUACCAAAACUCCAAAGAAGUUCGCCUCAAUUUACUCCGGACUCGCAACCUAGAGUCACUCAAACCACUUUAGGUAUCUUUUGCUCGCCUGUGGAAUACGCUGAAGGCGAAAGGCCCGAAAAUGUUGAGACGAAAGGACUGAGUCCGUUCAUUUUGGAAAAGAUGGCUCAAGAAGCUCGAGCCGACUGGAUCGAUAAGCCUGGCAAGGAUGAUUUCUUUAUACACGACAUGUACAAAAAGUAUACUGUGAAGUUUGAUGAAUUUAAUAAGCAUAAAGAAAAAGUCUUCAACAGAUCCUACCAGUACGAACUAGUAUGCAUCGAAGCACGUCGCCUAGAAAAGGUCCGCGAAAAAUGCGAAAGAGAACAAGCCUUAUCGGACGUAGCCGAACAAAAGGAAUACGAAGAAUCUCAUCGGCCGAUGAAAAUGCUACCCUGCAAAGCGCAACCUCCUUUCUGGUGGAAACAGGUUGUGAAAGAACCUCAACCGACCACGACUACAAUCGAACCAGAAUCGAGAAAACCAACAGCUUCAAAAAGGUGGGCCAAGCAACCUUGCCUCACUCAUACCGUGGUUGAUGAUCCUUGCAGGCGAAGAUGGGAUAUGCAAUUGGUUGGACAGCCAUUCAAAUCAGAAGCCUGUAAUUUUUAUUACGAGAAUUACCCACCGCCUGACAUUGAGUUUAGACCGAAAAGAUUUAUGUGA